AUAAACCUCCCCCUUAUAUAGUGUAUAAAAUAAUAUAAUGGGCACAUUGGCGGAGUCAUAUGACCUGCACUGGUUCCUGAGGACUCCUUUUUGGGGUGGACCUCUUGAACACACCAGGAUCACCUGACAGGAAGUGCUGUGUGUCACAUGAGUGUUUGGCCCCGGCUGGUAAAGGCUUGGAUGGUGCUCGGCCAUCAUGGGUUUACAUUGAAUAUACAUUUGUGUACAUUUUAGUAUAUGUAGCGGUGUUUUUAAUGAUAUGGCGGUGGGGGCGUAUUUUUUAAAUGGCUGCAUACCUCUUCUCUUACACUUUGACAGAAGAGACCGACAUGUUCCUCUACAGAACAUGGCGUCCACUGUGGCUGUGAUCGGCUCGGGGAUAAGUGGACUCGCUGCUCUCAAAUGCAGUUUAGAAGUCGGCCUGAAUGCGACCUGCUUCGAGAAGAGUGACUGCGUCGGUGGCUUAUGGGAUUUUAUGGAAAAAGCAGAAGACGGGAGGGCGAGCAUCUACCGUUCAGUGUUCACAAACGCCUGCAAAGAAAUGAUGUGCUAUCCGGACUUUCCUAUCCCGGAUGACUACCCUAAUUUUAUGCACAAUGCUGUGUUCCUGGAGUACCUGAAGUUAUACGCCAAGCACUUUGAUCUGUUGAGACACAUCAAGUUUAAAACAACUGUGAUCCGCAUACAGAAGCGGCUAGACUUUGCUACAACUGGACAGUGGGACGUGGUUACAGAGCAUGAUGGGAAACAAAAGUCGUCUAUCUUUGAUGCUGUACUGGUUUGCACUGGUCAUCACGUUUAUCCCAAUCUCCCCCUGCAAUCUUUCAGUGGAAUUGAGAAGUUCCGAGGCCAGUACAUGCACAACCGAGAUUACAAGUAUCCUUCCAGUUAUGCUGGAAAAAAUGUACUAAUUGUUGGUUUAGGUAAUACUGGAGCAGAUAUCGCUGUUGAGCUUGGACGGACGGCUAAGAAGGUUGUGCUAAGCACAAGAAGCGGCUCUUGGAUCAUGAGUCGUGUUUGGGACAAUGGUUAUCCUUGGGACAUGGUUUAUCUUACCCGCUAUCAGUCCUUUCUAAAUCUCAUUCUGCCAAGAGUAAUUUCUGACUGGCUGUACGAACGAAUGAUGGAGAAAAGAUUUAAGCAUGGCCACUAUGGCUUGGUGCCUGUGAACAAGACUCUACGGAAAGAGCCUGUCUUUAAUGAUGACCUGGCCACCUCCAUCACAUGUGGUACUGUGACUGUAAAACCCAACAUCCGAGAGUUCACCGAGACCUCCGUAGUCUUUGAAGAUGGUUCUGUAAUGGAGAAUGUGGAUGUUGUCAUAUUUGCCACUGGUUACAGCUAUGCCUACCCAUUUAUGGAUGACUCCAUUGUCAAAAACGAUAAAAACAAGGUUUCCCUGUAUAAGGGGGUCUUCCCACCAAAAUUAGAAAAGCCCACAUUGGCAGUCAUUGGGUUGGUUCAGUCAUUAGGAGGGAUACCGCCAACCUCCGACGUGCAGGCUCGAUGGGCGGUGAGAGUUAUUAAAGGGACAUGUAAGCUGCCGCCUAAACAGACAAUGAUUGAGGAAUUAAAUGAAGAAGAGAGUGAAAAAAAGAACUGGUUUGGGCGUAGUGAGACACUAUCCACCGACUAUGUCUCUUACAUGGACGAAUUAAGUUCUUUUAUUGGGUGCAAGCCGAAUCUCCCUCUUCUCUGCCUUAACGACCCAAAGUUGGCCCUGGAAGUCUUUUUCGGACCUUGCAGUCCUUAUCAAUUCCGUCUCCGUGGACCAGGAAAAUGGGAUGGAGCUCGGAAGGCCAUAUUAAACCAGUGGGAUAGAACUAUCGCUGCGACAAAAAUGCGGGUCGUCCCGGCUCACGAAAAAUCCUCUUCAGUUAUUACUCUGGUCAAGAUUCUAUUUUUGCCCUUGCUACUAUUUGCCUUGUUUUUGGCAUGGGCUUAGUUUUAUUGGCACCAUUGUAUUAGAAUUGCCAUUUCCCCCCCCCCCCCCCCUAAUAAUUUUGAUCUUUAAUGGGAUAAUGAACUGUAUUUUUUAUCAACAGGAGCUGAUCAUUUUAUUUUUUUAAGCAAUACGCAUUAAUAUUUUAACAUCAACGAUGGUGGUUGGGGGGGGGGGGAGAAGAGUGUAUCAUCACCACUUUAGACCCUUCACUAUUAAUCUGGGUUCACAAAUUGUAAAACAAACGGGGGUGGGGGGGUUGGGGUUGAGAAUGUGACAGAUAAUAGGAAUAAAAAGUCGCAUUAUUUUUUUUUUUUUAAUGUGUUAUAUGAAAGUGUAUGUUAAAGCGGCUGUCAGUGUACACAUUAGUGGAAACUCAUCAAAGUAAAAAGUCACAUUUUGUACAAGCUACAUGGUAUUGCACCGAUAAAAAAGGUGGGGCUUACUGCGGAGGGAAAGGGGGAGGGGAUGUCAUGGUUUUGCAUUAAAGGGGUACUCCAGUGAAAAACUUUUUGUUUUGUUUUUAAAUUACCUCUAUUAAAAAAUUGUAAUCCUUCCAGUACUUAUUAGCUGCUGAAUACUACAGAGGAAAUUUUCUUUUUGGAACACAGUGAUCUCUGCUGACAUCUCUGUCCAUUUUAGGAACUGUCCAGAGGAGCAUAUGUUUGCUAUGGGGAUUUUCUCCUGCUCUGGACAGUUCCUGAUAUGGACAGAGGUGUCAGCAGAGAGCACUGUGGACAAGACAAAAGAAAUUCAAAUAGAAAAUAAUUUCCUCAGUAGCAUACAGCUGCUAAUAAGUACUGGAAGGGUAAAGAUUUUUUAAUAGAAGUAAUUUACAAAUCUGUUUAACUUUCUGGCACCAGUUGAUUAAUAAAAACUAAAGUUUUCCACUGGAGUACCUCUUUAAAGAAAGGGAACACUGUCGGCGAAGUGAAAAAAACUACGACACGUAGCCGAAUGUGAUCUGAGCUCAGAGCUCUGUCCUUUUCAGUGCUGAUCGCUGUUAGGGGUUAGGAUUAGGGUUGGGUGUUAGGGUUAUGAUUAGGGGUUAGGAUAAGGACUGGAGUUAGUAUUGAUUGUAAAGUUUAGGAUUAGGGAUAGGGAUUAGAGGUUAGGGGUUAGGAUUAGAGGUCCCAGCAGCGGGACCCCCACGAUCAGACAUCUUAUCCCCUAUCCUUUGGAUAGGGGAUAAAUUGUCUAGCAGCAGAGUACCCCUUUAAGAUGACCAUGAAUAGAAGAAAGUUGUUUUCCUAAAGCUCGUCCAGGUGUGCAUGUUUCCUGAAUAGGGAGGGCGAGAAAGCUGCUGGUGGGCACCUAUUGGGUCGGGCAGGUGAAACUCACGAUGGCCUCUUCUCACCCAACAAUUGCCUAAUUGCCUAUAAUUUCCACCUGUUGUCUGUUCCAUUUGCACAACAGCAUGUGAAAUUGAUUGUCAAUCAGUGUUGUUCCUGAGUGGACAGUGGGAUUUCACAGAAGUGUCAUUGAUCUGGAGUUACAUUGUGUUGUUUAAGUGUUCCCUUUAUUUUUUUGAGCAGUGUAUAUAAAAGAUUCUUCCUUUGCAUUCUAUUUUUUAUUUUUUUUGCCACCAGAUCAAUGCAGCCUUUUGUGUCUUGCCUCAAGAUGUUGUAAAAUGUGUAUAGUCUAUAAUGAGUUUGCAUUAGGCAAAUAUAUAAUGGGGAAAAAAAGGUAAAAAAUUCUCCUUCAGAAAAAAAAACUUCAGAAAUGUGUGACAAAUGUAGACUCAUUUUUGACUGAAAUGAUUUUUGUGUUGAUCCAUAAAUAAAAUGGACAUUGAACACUUGCAGAGUUUAUUCUUUACCUCAGAGGCUUCAUUUCAGAUUUGUUGUCGCUCCAACCUGUAGCGCCAUCUUUCUGCCGGGUGUCAGGAAUGUCAAUAAAACAGUGAAAUAUGAGGUUGCUUCAAAUAAUCAAAUUUACUUCAAUUUUGUAACCUCAAUUUAACGUCCUAAUGCGCCACGCUAU